AUGACGACCCUCCCAAUCAAUGAUGAUACCUGGUUGGCGACCAAGUCUUUCCUCUCGGGAGGCUUAGGCGCGUGCAUAGCGAAGACAUGUACUGCUCCCUUGAGUAGGACGACGAUUUUGAUGCAAGUGCAGUCGAUGCGGCCGCACAAGUUCUACGUUCGCGGAUCGCCUAAUAAUACUCGUCUCCUCGAGUCUGUGGCGAAGAUGAUAACCGAAGAAGGCUUCUUCUCGAUGUGGAAGGGAAACGGAGCGAGUUGUUUGCACCGAUUCCCCUAUGCUGGGAUCACGUUUUUGGUCCAGGACCGCGUGAAGAGUUUAUUCCCGUUGAACUGGCGAUUCGCCGAUUUGGCUGCUGGAGCUAGCGCUGGAGCAUGUGCCUGUCUCACAUGCUAUCCACUUGACGUUGUCAAGGCUCGGCUCGCGACACAGACGAAGACUGCCCAUUACAAGGGCAUUGGUCACUGUCUCGUGCUCAUUAGGAAGGAAGAAGGGCUCCGGGCAUUUUACCGAGGCGUUAUCCCCACGCUCUGCUACGUCAUGCCCACAUUUGCAAUCAACUUUGAGGUUUUCGGUACCGUGAAGAGCCUUUACAAGAGAUAUACCGGUGAGGACGAUCUACCGCCUAUACUAGCCAUAACGAGUGGCUGUCUCAGUGGCUUCGCUUCUAGUUCUAUGUGUUUUCCAAUUGAUUUGGUUCGGCGACAAAUGCAAAUGGAUGGGCUCCAUGGUCGUCCUAAGCGAUUCACUACUGCAUGGCAUUGUUUUAAGCACAUCGUCGGAACUGAUGGUGUCAGGGGGCUUUACAGAGGCAUAGUUCCUGAACUUUGUAAAGUCGUACCGUACGUCGGUCUGAUGUUUGGGUCUGUGGAAGGUCUACGUAAUGCUAGAUGGCCCCAUGAAGUCCGAGAUGAAUGUUGACGAUGUUGCCGUAUAUUGAAAAACUCCGUGAUUGAGAUGUGUCUUUUCCGCCUCGUCAGCGAGGCUUGCUGCGCUCCUGUUACAAUAACAUUCGUCUACCAUUACGUGUCGCCGCUUACUGCACUAGAGAGCAUUCAUUUAUAGUCGUUACUCACUAGCGUUGGACAAGCAAGUUUAUACGGGUCUUGCUUGUUUCUAUAGUGCUCUGUCCGCAACAAUUGCUUCGCACAAUU